GUAAAUAACAGAACCACCUCGAAGCAGUGCGCAUCACAUCUCCGGACAAGCCGUGCGUGUACAAUACAAGUGUUAACAUCAAGGAACAUGAGCCGAGAACUUCAAUUUUGUUUCGCGAUACCUCGCACUGAAGCAUUCCCGCCUGUAAAGCGUUCCUCGCCAAUUCAUUCGUUUGCAAUUCAAGACAUUCUUGGUCUUGGCGAGAAAACCCCGAAGUCCAGACCAAGCAGCCCUCCGCAUUCGGCGAUAGCGGUCGAGUGUUUCACGCCUGUUUUGUCGCGAUUAGGAAGCCCGGACUGUGAUGAAAAAACCGCCACUGUUUCGCCAGGUUAGUGCAAGGACUAUUCAUUAUGCGAAGAUCAGGUUUCGUUUAACUGUAUUUUAAAUACCACCGAGAAAGAACUCUUCCAAAUGUUUUUUCCACGCUAUCCUUUAAGUCGUUAUUGGGUUCGUAAUAGUCUGUUAGUCCCUAAUUAAUGACUGGUGUUCAUUUCAAGUCUUUGCGGUUCGAACGAUCAAAAUCGCAUACUCAUCUCCCAAAAGAGGAUUUUUUUCCCGUUACUUUUCCACAUCAGUUAUACAAAUACGCGUAAUCGAAUCUCUCAAUCAGAUGUACAAUUCAAUCGCCCAUUUUUGUCGCUGUUUUCAACCGACAAAACCUCUGGUUUCUCUUCAAAACAGUUUAUUGCAGUUUAAUGGCUUUCUAACUGGAGGCGACAAGACACGCAGCUGGUGCGAUGUAAAUCCUUAAAUUUUCCCAAGAAGUUUACUAGGAUUUGUGUACAUUUUCGCUAUUUGCCUUGGGAAUUACUGAAAAUUUUUAAGCCAUGUAUGCUGCAUAAAGCAAAUUUUAAGUAAUACAUACAUGUUUAUUCUCUGAAAUUUAACUGAAAAUGACAGAUUUAGCCCCAGUAAGAGGCCGAUAAUUCAUAGAAAUAACAAAUAGUUAAAACUGACCCUAAUCCAAUGGAGUCAUGUUUUAUGCUUAGAUCUCGGAACGGAGGACAGCAAGAUCGAAAAGCACGUUUACCUGAAGAAUGACAAACCCACGCUGAACAAGAAAACCCCCAAGAAAAGACGACAUCGAACAAUUUUUACGAACUACCAACUAGAGGAACUGGAAAAGGCUUUCAAAGAUAGCCAUUAUCCGGACGUGUAUGCUAGGGAAAAUCUUUCCGUGAAGAUCGGUUUAGCCGAAGACAGAAUCCAGGUAAAAAAAACACGGUUUCUGCCCUUAAAAAAAUAUGAGUUCGAUGCGCAUGCAAUGUUAGAUCUCAGAGAUUUCACAUAAGAAUCUUUCAUUUCUCUGUUAAAUUUUUAAUUAGGCCAUUUCAAGAUCCCCGGCAUCGAAAUAAAACCAUCUGCUUCGGUUUCGAGAGAAUAAUCUUUUUUUCCUUCUUUUAUUGACGCGCAGUAUGGCUUUAAAAUUACCUUCGGGGAGAGCUAGAAUAGAAAGGAGAAAACAAGGUGACCUUGAAUUCGGACGCCACAAAUGGUUCCGCACCACGUAAUGCGGAGUUGACUAGGCGACUUUGUUUCUUUCGCUCCGAUGGUAAAAGCUCGAAAAAAAAUUAGUCGCAAUUGGCAUUCAUUAGUGUUCAUUAAAGUUAUGAACUCCUUCUAAUUACCGCAAUUAUACACUGACCAGAUUUGGAUCAAGGGCAGGUGCUUUUGAUAUGACAACAAACGCUGUUUUCAAUAUUUCUCUUCUUUGUAAUAAUAAAGUCGAAAUCAAAACUGCACGUCAAACUAGCCGUAAUCUUGAAUCAUAUCUUAAGUCCACACUUGAGGGAAAUUUAAAAAACUGGAAUUUAUUUUCUCCUGUUUUUCAAAAAUAACUGAAAUACCUUUAAGGAAGGAAACAAAAGUCUUGGUAAAUGGCGCAAAAAAUGUAUUUGUCAGUAUAUUAGCUAUUGGAGGAAUCGGAAAACGUGCGUUAAAUUAUAAGCUUUCAAAAUUAGAAGGAACUUUUAUUCGUCACAAAAUUGCAUCGGAAGCAAAGAUGAAAGAAGGGGACAUUGACCGGUAUAAUGAAAAACUUAAUUAGAACCUUUUUCUCCUCUAGCAAUUUAUCACCACUUUUUCGCCAGGACGGAAUAUUUUUUUUCUCACUUGCGCGGAAUUUUACAUAUUUAGUUGUCUGUAAUUGCUUUCUAAAUGAGAAUUUAACGGGCCUUUUCGCUUGAGCCAUCAAGUUGAUUUAGCGCUCUUAAAGUUUUAUUAUUACGUAAAUAUACCACAUUAUACAAGAAUACGAUUGCGGAAAUAUACCAAGAUAACAUGCCAAACUCUGUAAUAAAGACUAACAGGAAAUAUACACAGGGCUAAUGAACUCGCCAAAAGGGUGUGAACCGGUUUGUCUCAAUUUCAGUUCUCAAACUUGACAAUAAUCCGCAUUAUUAAGCCUUGAGAUUUGCGAAAGGCUAUUUGCAUCUGUCACAGUUUGCCAGUUAAAGUGUAUUAGGCUAAUGUAGGAAUUUUACUAAGAAAACAUGCUCUGUGCAUUUCCUAAAAGAACCAUUUUGCAAUUGAUUUUGUAUUAGUUCUAAAGUGAUUCUCGAUUAAAAAUAUUUUCGUUUCCAAUGGAAACAUCGCAUGCGUGGCUGCUAUUCUUUUAUCCUUUUUAUCUAUUUUUCUGUGUUUCGUUAUCGUUACAUCGGGAAUUAACUGAGAAAAAAAUUGACAUGCCAGAUUCGUGCGAGUGGUUCUAAUUACUUUUUAACGAAAGUUCAAAUUCUGCCGGAAAAACCCCUACAUUUCAAUGCGAAUCGACAAACAAGGAUAACCGAGUUAGGUUUCGUGUCGAAUUCCCCACUUAAUAAUGAGAUAUUGAAUGUUUCCUGAUUUCUUUUUUUUUUCACACGAAAAUGAAUUCUUUUCAAAAAGACGUUUCUUAUUCUUUCCAAAUUGGUGAUUUUCCUGGCAAAACAUGUAAACUUUGCGCUGAGCUUCAAGAAAAAAAAUAAACAAGCUGAAAUAGCAAGAGGCAGUUCUUCGCCAAAACAACCGCUAAUUCGCUUCGACAGAAAGCAAGUUAUUAAUGUUACUUUGUGAAUCAUACUGUGUUGUCCCACAGAGACGUUUUUAACGCGUCUGUUUCAUUGAGAAUUAAUAACUCUAUUCAGCUGUCGUAACUUUUGAAUCCGUAAUUUAACACUGGCCCAUGAAUUGGCAACCUGGGCGAGUGAUUUGUGUAUUAAGAUAUCACCAUUUAAGUAUAUCUUUUACUCUCACUGGGAAUAACUUUUCAACACUAGCAUCAUCCCUAGCUAUCCCUAAGAUAUCGCCAAAUGAUGUUUUCAAACAGAAUCAGAUGUUGUGAAGUUGAGCGUCACCAUUUAGAGGAAAAACAAGAAGAUUUUACAAUCUAUAAAUCGAGCCUGAUUUUUUGAUAUUUCAACAACCGAAACAAGGGAUUUAAAAUUGAUUUUGCAAGACUACGUUGUUUGUAUAAAAUAUAAAAUUAAGCCAUUAUGAUGUUAUUUUAUUUCAAAAAACUCACUUGAUCAAGAGAGAACCAGCCACCGUUACAUCAAAACCAAAUUUUGAACUAUAAAGCUUUGACAAAAAACGUGAAUUUUCCUUAGCUUCUAGAUUCGAGUGUUUUAUCGAAAAACUCGUUUUUGUGACUCGUGUGAAUAGCUUUGAUUUGAAUUUGCAGAGUAAUCAUUCAACUUUUCAGCACUAUCGCUCUCUCGUAAGCAAGCCAAUUUUCGCAUCCUUGACCUAGCAUAGUGGUUGCUACUAUCAGUGCCGGUUCAAUCUUGACAAAGUGAUGCUGUGUUGUUAUUCACGCUGUGUGGUGUCUUAAACUUUAAAUUACUGCAAGAAGUUCUAUUUAUAUUAAUAAGAAAAAAUUGUUGAGCCAUUCUUAACUACUCUAAAUUUUUUGGUGGAUUGAAGGCCACAUUUGUAGCAAGUUAGUAUAUUGUUUAAAAUUUAAUGCGAAAGUUUCUACGAGUGCGCAUAGACAACUCAGGAGUUUCGCUCUUUGUAACAAAAGUGGACGCUUGAGUUACGAGGAAACCUGUAGUUUUUGGCUUUUAGUCUAUAAGUUAAAAAAAUAUUUUAAAGUCUGUUUGUUGUUUUGUCGUAUAUUAGUGCCCAGGGGGCUUUGCGAAAGCUAAUUUUCAACGGUGAGGUGCAACUGAAUCUGUUUUUUAAAGGAAAUUUUGAAGUCUUCAGCUUUGGUUAAACUCCCUGGUGAGAGGGACAAGUUUAAUCCAACUCGGCCACAAAGGACUGAAGGGUUGUUUGACCCAAAUAAAACUCGUUCUUUUAUCGAAAGUAUGUUUGUAGCAAACACUCGAUUAAUAGUCUUAACCAUGGAAAAUUACUUGUGUUGCAAGUUUGGUUUAAUAACUUUCUCGGAACAGAAUCGACUUUUUGUUUUUGUUUCGUUUUAUCGUCAUUAUUGAAUUGAACUAAACAAACAUGGCCAAACAAUGGCCGCCAUCAUUUUCGCAGGCGCUCCGCUCCGGCCAAAACAGCAUUGGCAGGAAAGGAUAUUAUUUUCUACAGGAAAAAAAUAUAUUUCCUUCAAGUUCAUGUCUAGUUAGCGGUAUCCUUUGCUGAAUAUGGCAACCAGGGUCUCUGUGUCGGUCAUGCACUUGAGUUUUGAUCGGCACCCAAAAUGUUGUCGUUUCGUUAAAACUUCUCGAAGUUUAGAACGUCUUAAAGUUGUAUCGGAAAAAUCACAUUUAAUUGGAUUAAAAGCUCGAGUUUUCUUCGCGAAAAUGCCUCACACUUUUACGAAACAGAAAAGUUCAGCGCCUUUUGCGGGUAAAUAAAGUUCUAUUUGAGAUGUAAAUUUUAUGUCAGCUCACUGCUUCAGAUUUCCGAAAAGCGAAGGUAAGAAGCCUGUUGAUUCAUAGACGCAAGAAAGAAUGCCGAAAAGAUUAAAGUGAAUGCAUAUAUUUAUUCAUUUUUACGGGAAAUAACGUUAUUCUAUACAGCAUUCCUUAUUGGAUAUCUCUGAGUUAUUUUAACGAAACAAACUUACUCGAGUAUGACGCGAGUUUAUUCACCUUUAUUCCAAAACCGCUAAAUAUUUCUUUCUUGGUAACGUUACCGUUUAUUAACAUCAGCAUAAGUAAGAAAAAAAGGUUAAUUUAGACUUUGCAUAGGUUUCAAAAUAAUCAGAACUUUGUCUUGAGUAGCUGGGUUAUUGCUCUGUCGUUUUGGUAACAUUUCUGCACGUUUAGACAGUAAACAAAGUUAGUUAAAAGGGAAAGUUUAAUGGUAAGUGGAAUCCUUGAACCUGUUUUGUGCAUGAAAUAAUGAAUUAAUUAAGCCCUCAUUUCUUCUACAGCUGCCGGUCUCUUCAACAUCCAUUUACUUUCGCCGCCGCCGACAUCUUCGGAAAGCUUCUUAUGAAAUUUUUGAAUUCAUGAAUUGAUUCCCCAGAUAAUGAUUUCAAAACAAAACACUCUAUUUUGCAAUGCUCGGACUUAAGAACUAAAACUACGAAAGUUGUUUUCAUAAUUAUGGUAUCUUAAAGGCGGGAUAUGUCUGAUAAUAUGAAGUACUUGCAAAUGGCAGUACUUAAGCUAAAAUGAUCUGAAAUGCUCUUUCACUUUUUAUAGUUUAAAGGAAAACCGCGUUUGGGGCAAAAUUUUACAUUUGAAAACCAAGGUUAUAAAUUGAGGGAAAAUAAAAGGGUUUUUGCUUAGGGCUAUAUUGAUGUAUUUUUUAAUAUAACUAUUUUAGAGGGGAAACCCUUUAUAGCUUAAUUCUGAAUAAAAGCGUGAUUUGAUUGCUAAUAGAAAUUGCGUACACGUAUGUUAAGGUGCUUUUAGCUACGUAGGAGUCUAGCUAACAAAUGAUGAGUACUUCUUAAUGAAGAGAAUCGAUGAAGGCAAGAAAGGCAGCCCAGCUAGUCCAAUCUGAUUCAGAUUUUGCUCCAUGACGACUUAAGUUCUUAAGAGAGAUGAUUUUUGUAAGCUUGAAAACUAUGCAUUGAUUUAAAUUUAUGUGAAAAAUCUUGACAACAACUUGAAGAAAGUACAAAACACCCAAAAAUAUGUUUGUCUUUUUUUCAACAAGGUGUAACGAAUCCGAUUUGGUAGUCAAUGUGUGACAUUUUUUCGUUGAUUCAACCCGGAAUUUUUAAAAACUUCAAGGCCUUUUUCAGUCUUUCGUAGUCCUCACUAAACAAUUUAACAUUCAGCUAAACUAUCUUAAUUAUCAGUCAUUAAGUAUUUUUGUUAUACUGCUUCAAAAAAAGCGAAAAUUUUUCCUUAAAACCGGAACAUGAAAACAGCAAGCGGCACAAAAUGCAGGAUGUGUUUUUAGAAGAAAUACCGAAGUUUAUUUAGAAUGAUUAUGCGGGUCAUUUUUCCCUUCCUUCCGUGCUUGUUAAAUCAUCUCCAAGUUAGCUAAGGUGUUGGAACUUUUCAAUGUCUGAAGAAAGGGUAUUUAAUUAUAACCAUAAACGGGAUAAAGGAUUUUCCGGUCCUUUUGUAAUUCUCCAUUUCUUAAUUGCUGGUAUUUUUACGUUAAGCAUGUGUUAACAAUUACGCAGCUAGUGUGCAUCAACAAACUCUAAUUAAAAGACAGUCCUAAUAUCUUUAUUUUUUAAUAUUAUAUACGCGAAAGAAGUGAUCUAUAGAGUCUAUUUUCAAGGGGGUUUGACAGACGUUACUCUCUUCAUUUAAAGAUAGACCACCACGUGAAAGAAUGAGCCUAAUAAGCGACUGGCAAAAGCGUAGGUGAAAAUUCAGAGUAAGCAAAACUCUUUUGGGAAGUUUUUCGUACGAAAGGAACAAUCAACUUAAUUUUUCAGCGUAAGCGACUCUGUUCACACUGGGAAUUUUUCUUUUUCCAAUUAGUCAAUCCCACUCUCCGUUGGCAAAAAUCAAAUGACAGUGAUCGAUCGUAGCGUUUACAGUUAUUAUGCUUUGAAUCAUACGCGUUUUGACAUGAAAAUAAACCCCGGGUGAAUACUGUAUGUUUCUUCGUAUAAACCUGCUCAUCUUAUAAUGAAUCUAAAUUAAGGUCAUUCUUAUUAUGAUAAUAACAAAUUCUGCAGUCAAACAAGGUUCUAAUAGCUACGUAAACUUAUUUUAAAGACCCCACGCACAUUAUAACAAAAACAAUAGUCCUUAACAAUUGAACGUUUUCAAAUGACUCAGUGGUCAUCAUUAAACUUUACCACACCCCUUGAAAAGUAGAAAUUAAUUUAAAAGCGAAGUAAACAACGAUUACCUUUUAAUACCUCUCUAUUUCUGUGCUAGAAGCCGAAAAGAUUAUUAGUUUUGAUUAAGAAUGAAACUAACAGAUUUCCGAAAAGAUAAGUCACAAUGGAAAGACAGAUUACGUGUAGGAGCAUAAUGAAAGAAAGACCCUGUUCGAUGUGACAUGAAUUUCUGACAAAGAGGAAGUUAAUUUAUCGGAUUGGAAAAAUUAAUAACCCACCAAUAUUCUGCUAUAAGGAAAGAUCAACCGGAUAAUCUCUGAACUAUUUUUGUUGACGAAGAGUUUGUAAUACUGAUGACAGUCUGGACUGUUUGUUUUAUUUUGUGAUCAAAAUUGUGUUAGGCUAGUGUACUUCCGUUCUGUUUUCUUAUCGGCGGCCAUAAGCGUCUUAUAAAUCUUAAAUCCACCCGGCCUCACGGCCAACAGUUAAAAUCUCUGAAGUUUUAGUUAUAAAUCAAGACACGCUUUCAGUUUAACUUUGCUCAGUUUACAAACUAAUACAUGAUCAGAUCUCGAGCCACUUUUACUGUUAUUAAACCUUUUCUUCUAGAUAUCUAAAACACUAUUUGAGUUAUGUAGCGGUUGUCAAUUGAGUAUCGAAAGUUUCUUAGAAGCCUUGCUUUUUGAGACCUUGCGCUUUUUGAUUGGGUGAUAAAAUCUCACGCCCUUGUCUCAGCCAAUCAGGUGAGACCAAACUGACCUGGACAUAUUUUCCCGCGUUUAAGGCUAGUUGCCAGCAAGGAUUGUCAGCCCUUAUAGCGAUUGGCCAAAGUAAUUCCCUUGGGACUCGUUGGCGAAAGCCAAAUGAAACCCUUUCUAUGAGAGGCGAAUUCAAAAAACUCAGAAACAGGGUGUCUGGAAAAUUAUCAGCCACUAAAAUACUAUUUAUUCAUUGGUUAAAAAACUCUGAGAGUAUCUGCGUCCAAAAAGUAAGGCUCUACAAGGCACAUUUUGUUGAGAUUUAUUGAAAAUUGUGACUCAUUUAUAGACCAAAUAGUCCUACUGUUCCCUUCAAUAUUUGUAUUACAACUCUUCUUGUUCUUUUCCUUUUUGGGGUCCUAUCCGUCACUCUCUACAACCUAGUGCUAUAGCAAUUGUAAGGCUUGCAAAAACCUUCUCUUUUUUAAGGAAACUUUUAAAAGAAAAGCCUGUAAAUAAAAGGUCGCAGAUAUUUUAGCCUCAAUUCAAGUUGAAUAUGGGAAAAUUUGAUGAACUCCAAAUGUUAUGAAACCUUUCUUCUCAUUGUCUUUUUUUUUAUCUCAUUUUACGCCCAUUUAGGUCUGGUUUCAAAACCGUCGAGCAAAGUGGCGAAAGAAGGAGAAAUGUUGGGGUCACAGUUCUAUAAUGGCAGAGUAUGGUCUGUAUGGAGCAAUGGUGCGACACUCAUUACCCCUCCCCCCUCAUUUAACACCCAGCUCGGCGCCAUGGCUACUCGGUAUGCACAAGAAAGCAAAGAUCAUGGAGGAGAAAAUUAAAGUGGAAGCUUCUAGUGAAAAUGGGGAUGACCUCAGGUCACAUAGUAUUGCGUCACUGAGGCAGCGGGCUCAAGAGCAUAAUGCCGCGCUUAAACAAGAACAUGAAGCAAUGAUGGAGGCGUAUAGACACGCCUCUACAAAGGAAAGAAAGCCGUCAGACGCUGAUUCAGACGAGGCCGAUGAAGAACAGGAAGAGUUGUGAUACAAAUUAGACUGUCUUUCACAGGACUCAACGAUAUAAUAGAGCGCAGUUUUGUUUUGAACGUAGUUAUUCUUGAGAGAUAGAGACGCUAUAGGCCACGACACACGUUUGUGGCCAAAAGGGCGAGGAAAUUUUGACGCAUAACGGUAGCUUUUCGCGUCAAAAAUGAACUGAGUUCCACACUGCAUAGAGAUGAUCUUAUGAACGGAUUUAUGCCAAAACGCUGUCAAAUCGUAGCGAAGAAUCAGUCACAAAAGGUAAAGAUAUGGUAGCCUAACUAGUACUUGAG